GUGCACGUCAGAUUCCAACUUUGACUUUCCCGCGUCUCGAAGGCUUUCAAAAGCGCAAGGCUUGACGAGCAGCAGCCAGAAUAGCCUAUUAUGCGUUGGCUUUCACUACUUACUCUACUUCCACUACUCAAGGCAAAUACUGCGUCAAGCCUACACGCGAACGGGGAGAAGACACAAACGUCGUGGUCCUCGUCCGGGGAUUCGGUUUUAGUACUAGUGGAUCCCGCAACGAAGUCUGAUUAUUCGACAUUUUUGGCUGGCCUAGAAGGUGCAGUAUCGUUGUUUCCUGCACAAGGCAGAUGUUUUACCUGCUACCCACAGGCAAGGGCUACAACUUGACCUACCGUUCUCCAAAAGAUUCCGAUGGUCCACCAUUAAUUGAACAUGAUCUUCCCAAGUUCUCGCACGUUGUCGUCGUCGGGGGGGAUGUCAAAUGUAGGUUCAAUUUGGUUCCAAUCUUCCAAUCUAUCAUUCAAACUCACUUGCUUGUCGUAGCUUUCGCAAAAGACAUAAACCCCCAAACCCUCGUGGGCCUUCUUUCCGGAAACACUAAUCUUAUUCUUGCUCUCGGCUCCAAGCAAAACAUUCUCACCUCUCUAGCACCCGAAUUCGGGUUGAUUCUUCCGCCUCCGAAUACGAACCUCGUUUCACAUUUCCCUGAACGCGAAGAUCCCAUCUCAACCGUGCCCAUUUCCCCUCCUCGUGAGGAACAGUCCAAGAUUCCUCUAACCUCCACAAUUAACGCAAAAUCCCCCAUCUCAUUCUCCGGAAUGUCGUUCGCUCUCUCCAAUAACCCUCGUCUAUUCCCUAUCCUCUCCGCUCCCGAAGAGAGUUUUGCCGGUGAUAUUGACCUCACAAGCAAUGCGUUGGCGGAUGCAGUUGAAAAAGGUGGUGAGGGCCUCUGGGCAGGCAGCAAAAUGGCAGUCGCAGCUGGCUUCCAAGCUAAAGGAGGUGCAAGAGUCGUUUGGCUUGGUGGCAGCAGUCUUUUAUCCAACAGAUCCCCCAAUCACCAUUUUGCGAACGACGUCGCAGCAUGGGCGUUCCAAGAGACAAACGUCCUUAGAAUUGACAGCGCAUCACACAAGCUUGUCAAGGGCGUUGGAGCCAGUGGAAAUGGGAGAAUAGGUCAACCUCAAGAACAGUACACAGUCGGAGACGAAAUUGAAUUUACUGUCCGUAUCUCGAAGUACAACCCAAAAUUCAAAGUAUGGGAAGCUUGUCAUAGCUUAACUGAUCUCCAACUGGAGUUCACCAUGCUUGACCCACAUAUCCGCAUUGGUCUCCCGCCUUCUCCCGGCCGUGAUGGAAAACGCGAAAAAGGUGUUUACAGGACAACAUUCAAAGCUCCCGAUCGUCAUGGCGUAUUCAAAUUUAUCGUGGAUUAUCGUAGGUCAGGGUGGACGGAACUCAAGUUUACAGAGACAAUACCCGUGGUCCCCAAACGCCACGAUGGGUAUGAACGUUGGUUGAGUUCUGCGUGGCCGUACUACGCGGGGGCGAUAAGCACAAGUGUCGGUUUCGUGGUGUUUGCUGCAGUAUGGUUAGGUAGUGCGGACGAGCGAGGGAAAGGCAAGAAGAAGGCCGAGUAAGGAAGUGUAUGUAGCUGACAAACUUGGGCCUGACUUGAAAUGGCUACUUGCCUUCGUGUGAAAUCUGUUCCCUUUCCACUCAAAAUCAUUCCUUGCGCUUGAA